CAAGGUUUCUAGAUCAUUGAGAGUAGAACAAUAAUUAGACAUAGUGGUGGUACAAUAUACGGGGAGAAUAAUAUCGAGAUAGUGAUUUGGUCUAGUUUUUAUAAUCAAAAAUGUCGGCCACUACCACAGCGGGCCCUGAUCUAGCCCUUCAGACUGGCAGCCUAUCUGCAACCAACGUCUUUGUGUUCCUUCUUCUGCCGGCAUUAUCGCUAUGGUACAUCUACUGGAAGAUUUCACGCCGCCAUCUUAUUGAAUGCGCUGAUAAAAUCCCCGGACCCGACGGAUUACCCAUUCUUGGAAACGCCCUGGAGUUUGUCGGAACCUCAUAUGAUAUAUUCAGAACAGUAUACCAGAAAUCCUUCGAAUUCGGAAAAGUAGUUAAACUCUGGGUAGGUCCCAAACUGCUCAUUUUCUUGACAGACCCAAGGGACGUAGAAAUCAUCCUGAGUAGUCACGUACACAUCGACAAAGCCAGUGAAUAUCGAUUCUUCAAGCCGUGGUUGGGAGACGGCCUUCUCAUCUCCACUGGACAAAAAUGGAGAGCUCAUAGAAAACUCAUCGCCCCCACUUUCCACUUGAAUGUCUUGAAAUCUUUCAUUGACCUUUUCAAUGCCAACUCCAGAGAUGUCGUUCAAAAACUUAAAAAAGAAGUAGGAAAGGAAUUUGAUUGCCAUGACUAUAUGUCUGAAGCCACUGUAGAGAUGCUUUUGGAGACAGCUAUGGGUGUAAGUAAGAAGACACAGGACCAGAGUGGAUACGAUUAUGCUUUAGCUGUUAUGAAAAUGUGUGACAUUUUGCACAUUCGUCAUACCAAAAUCUGGCUCAGACCUGAUUUAAUUUUCAACUUCACCAAAUACGCCAAGUACCAAGAAGGUCUUAUCAACACCAUCCACAGUUUGACUAGGAAAGUUAUUAAAAAGAAGAGAGCAGAUUUUGAGAAAGGAAUACGUGGAUCCACUGCUGAAGUACCCGAAGAUGCAAAGACGCAAAAAUACGAAAAGAAUGUAGCUUCCAAAACUGUUGUUGAAGGCCUUUCCUACGGUCAGUCUGCCGGAUUAAAAGAUGACUUGGACGUCGACGAAGACGUUGGAGAAAAGAAAAGGAUGGCAUUCUUAGACUUGCUGAUUGAAGCCUCCCAGAAUGGUGUCGUGAUAAACGACGAAGAAAUUAAAGAGCAAGUCGAUACCAUUAUGUUCGAGGGACACGAUACCACAGCUGCUGGAAGCAGUUUCUUCCUAUCUUUGAUGGGAAUUCACCAGGACAUUCAAGACAGGGUCAUCCAAGAAAUCGAUGAUAUCUUUGGAGACUCUGAUAGACCUGCUACCUUUGCCGAUACUUUAGAAAUGAAGUACUUAGAAAGGUGUAUGAUGGAAACUCUUCGUAUGUAUCCACCAGUACCUAUUAUUGCCAGACAGCUUAGACAAGACGUUAAAUUAGUUUCUGGAAAUUACACUCUUCCCACUGGAGCAACCAUUGUGGUAGCCACCUUCAAGAUCCACCGUGAUGCUGACACCUACCCCAAUCCCGAAAAAUUUGAUCCAGAUAAUUUCUUGCCAGAACGCAGUGCUAACAGACACUACUAUUCAUUCAUUCCAUUCUCAGCUGGACCAAGAAGUUGUGUUGGUCGUAAAUACGCCAUGUUGAAACUGAAAAUUCUUCUAUCUACCAUCUUAAGACACUACAGAGUCAAAUCAGACUUAAAAGAAAAGGAUUUCCUCCUCCAAGCUGAUAUCAUCCUAAAGAGGGCAGAAGGUUUCAAGAUCAGAUUAGAACCAAGGAAUCGUCAACUCAAGGCAUAAUUUAAGUAAAAUCAUUAGAUGACCGCUGUAAUUAAUAAUAUUUGUUUUUAUUUAUGACUUUUAAUGUUUUUGUUUUGUAUUAUAGAUAUUUAAUUAGUUAGAAUCAAUAAUGAACACGAUUCAUUACUAAUAUUUGUUUUAUUUCAUCCUAA